CACAUGCGCAGGCAUUUUCACAAUUACUCAACUUCCACCAUAGCCAGCGGAUUACGGAUACUCUUUUAUUUUUUUGAACCACAUUUGAAGCCACACAGGUUUCUUCCGCUUCUUGUCACACUUUUCCACUCAUCGACCCGAUACCCAUUUCUCCAUCUCCCGACAGCCAUGGCGACACUCAAAGAGGUAGAGUCCGAAGCCGGAUUCGAUCAGCUGAUCAAGAAUGCUUCUCCGUCGACGUUGUUUGUCCUAUACUUCCACACUCCCUGGGCCGCGCCAUGCGCCCAGAUGAACACGAUCCUCACCACUCUCGCCUCCACGUACCCCGCCGACGCCGACGUAUCGUUCUUGUCGAUCAACGCCGAAGACCUCGCUGAUAUCUCCGAAUCCUACGAUGUGACGGCCGUGCCGUUUCUCGUGCUCCAGAAGGGUGGCGAGACGCUUCAGACGGUCAGCGGAAUAGAUCCGGCCAAGGUCAGAGCCGCGGUAGAGAAAUACGCCGGGGCAGGCACCGCCGCAGGCAAGAAUGGCAUCCCGCCGCCGUUGCAGGCCACCCCGCUACAACAGCAACCGCAGACAAACGGCGCCGGCGCCACGAAAGAUUUGAGUUCAUAUGCCCCCAAGGAUUCAGACAAUCAGACCGCGCCGGCGUACUCGUCAAACCAAGAGUCGCAGGCCGAACUGAAUGACAGACUAGGGAAGUUGGUCAAGGCAGCGCCGGUCAUGUUGUUCAUGAAAGGAACUCCCAGCGCACCCCAAUGCGGCUUCAGCAGACAACUCGUCAGCAUUCUCAGAGAGAAUCAAGUCAAAUACGGAUUCUUCAACAUUCUAGCAGACAAUGAUGUUCGAGAAGGAUUAAAGGUCUUUUCUGACUGGCCUACAUUCCCUCAGUUGUACACAAACGGAGAACUCGUGGGUGGUUUGGACAUCGUUCGUGAAGAGUUAGAGGCUGAUCCGGACUUUUUCAAACCAUUUUCGGCAGCACAACCUGCGCCGGUCUAGAUUGUCAUGAAGAGGGAGUAUUUAAUGAGCGUAUAAAUUGAUAUGAUUGUAUUUAAAAAUAAAGGUUCGAUUGUUUGUUUUUUUCAAAAUGACCCAAAGGAUAGCUUUCUAGUUAUUCGUUGUGUAUUGUCGUCCAUCAAAUGGAAGUUCAGGAAUGCUACUCGUAGAGGGGGAUGUGUUUCCACUUGCUUUCAUAUUGCAACUGCUAUCAACGGAG